AGUAUUUAUCCAUGGUGCCUGUGGCCUGAGUCUGAGAAGUUUCAGAAUGUCUUCACUUCUGUAAGAAGAAUGUAAAAGAUCUAUUUUCAGGACCUUACUCUGUGUCAUACUGUUGUCUGCUCUGGGAAAGAUGGUGGGUUUCCUGGACUUCUCUCUGCUAAGAGACUUCUUCUCUCUCCUACUUCUCCAGGUGUCCAUGUGGGGCUCAGAUUCAUUCUUGGUUAUCAGCCCCUCAGAGCCAAUUAUAGCCAUGCUGGGCAUGGACACAGUGCUGCCCUGUCUCGUGUCCCCGGCCAUGAGUGCAGAGAAUAUGGAGCUGCGGUGGUUCCGUUCUGAAUUCUCAGAGGCUGUGUAUGUAUAUCAGGAUGGAAUGGAGCAGGUGGGAGAACAGCUGGUAGAUUUCAAAGGGAGAGCAGAGUUGGUGAAAGAUUACAUCACUGAGGGAAGAGUAUCUGUGAGAAUCUACAGUCUCCGGAUCUCGGACAGUGGAAUAUACAAGUGUUUUUUUAAAAAAGGCAGUGAAUUUCAAGAAGCCACUUUGGAGCUGAAGGUGAUCGGUCUGGGUUCUGGUCCUCAUGUUUUCAUGGUAGGUCCAGAAGGUACAGGAAUAAGACUGACAUGCACAGGCAAGAGGUGGUUUCCCCAGCCUGAGGUGCAAUGGAAAGAUGCAAUGGGAGAGAAGAUACCAUCUCUUUCUGAGGUUGAGACCCAGGAUGACGAUGGGUUAUUUCAAAUAGAGGCAUCCCUCAUUGUAAGAGACAGUUCAAAGAGAGAAGUGUCCUGCUCCAUGAAGAACCCCUUCUUUGGACAAGAGCAGGUGGAAACCAUUUCUAUCCCAGAAUCCUUCUUCCCUAGGACCUCUCCUUGGAUGACGGCAUUUGCUGUGACUUUUAUCAUACUUGGGAUAUUCCUGGGUGCUGUUGUGUUUUUGGCCUGGAAAGAACGACAGGAGAAGAAGAGAACACAGGAAGCCCAGACAGAAAAAGAGAAAGAAAGUAAAGACAAAGAAUCACUUGAGAAAGAGCUUGGGAGAAGAAAGCAAUUAUAUCAACAAGACUGGAGAAAAGCAAAGUUAUAUGCUGACUGGAGAAAAGAACAGUUUGAAGCAGUUGCUGUUACUCUGGAUCCAGACACAGCUCAUCACAACCUCAUCCUAUCUGAGAAUAGAAAACAAGUUUCUCUAAUGGGAAAUGCUCCUCAGAAUUGUGAUGCUUCAGUACGCCAAGGACAAGGGGAAUCUGAAACCAUCUUCAGUGUUCUGGGUCAGAAUUGCUUCACCACAGGGAGACAUUACUGGGAGAUAGAAGUCAAUAUAGGCACAGAAGUUGGACUUGAACCUAGAUGGGCUGUGGGUGUUUGCUCAGAUACAGCGGAGAGAGAUGGGUGGUUUGUAGAAAGUCCAGAGAAGAAUUUCUGGGUGAUAGCAUAUAACAAAGGAGUUCUCAUCUCCCGCCCAGAGUCUCUGUCACUGAGACAGCAUCCUCAAAGGAUAGGAGUUUUCCUGGACUUGGAGGAUAAGGAUGUGUCCUUUUACAACAUGGUUGAUGGAUCCCACAUCUAUUCCUUUACUGGAAUCACCUUCUAUGGGACCCUCCGUCCUUAUUUAAGCCUUCAGAGUGCUGGCACAUAUGUGACCAUCUGCUCAGCUUCAGAUGACACUGAAAAUUACCCUGAGUCUUCUCCAAAGACUCAUUUAAAGAGUCGUGAUAUGGGUGUUGCCCAAGAAGCUAAUCCUCUAUUACCUUCAUAAGAGGUGAAAUGUCAGCACUUCUGCUGUCUC